AUGGCAUCUAAAUCAGAUAAAUCUCAUUUAAUUUUAAUCGAGGAUAAAAAUAAGACAAUUUUGGAAAUUAUUUGCUCGCCUAACUUGAAACAUGUCGCUACAUUGGAUGAAGAUAGCAAUAUUAGUCUUUGGUCUAUUGAUAGUGAAAGAUUAUUUGCAAUUUCAGAUAAUAAAUAUGUUUCAAUUGGUCUCAAUAGAGACAAACCCUAUAAUUUUAAAACUUUCGAUUUUGAAACUGAAAAAGAGGUAUCAUUAAAAUUUCCAGAUUGGCAAAGGGAAAUUGACUUCUUAUCCUUUAUUGAUAACGGAAAUAUUAUAAUGAUCAAUACUGAAUAUUACAGAGCAUAUUUUUUUUCAAAUAAAGAAAACAUUAGGUGGGCUUGUAAAUCAAUGAUUGAACUAAAAUACUUUAAGAAAAUUUAUAUUACACCUAAAGGAAAAUUGAUCAUUUUUAAUGAUACAAUUUAUGAGAUCACGAUGUGGGACAUUGAAAAAUUGUGGUGUGAAACUCAUAUUUUAAUAGACUGGAAUCACACUCUUGAAUUUGUUGAAAUUAGUGAUGAUGAAAAAUUAUUAUUAACAUGUGCAAAAAAUUGGAAAACUAAGGAAACAC